AUGUCGAGUUUGGGUGUGGAGGGUUAUGGCACUGUUCCUGAAGAACUAUUGCCCAUACCCGAGCUGACUGAUUCUUUGCAGGCAGAUGUGAGGAAAAUAGCUCGAGUUGUCGCGGCAGGCAAAAGUGUCGCAGGCGCGCCUGGCCAGGAAAGAGAUCCAGAGUGCCUGGCAGCUAAGCCCUUCACGCUAUGGGAAGCAAUUGGUGGUUUGCAGGAUUUGGCUGGCAAAGAAAUGGCCGAGUAUCGAGCACUACGUAAAACACAGGUCAUUGCUAGGGAAGUCGUUGAUAUCGCCCAGUCAGAGUUUGAAAGAUCAGGCCGCCAACAUUAA